GGUGGCGCGUUAGUAUUGGUGGAGCGAGUGGGCGUGGUUGGUGAGUGACUCAACCUCUCUUCGCGUUGCUUAAAAACUACGACACCUUCCUCUCGCAAACCAGCGACCAACAUCGCACAACAUCAGUGAGAGCAUUUUGGAUAAGAGAGAUGAUCAUCAACGUGAAGGAAUCGACGAUGGUGCGGCCGGCGGAAGAGGGGGAGCGGCGGGUGGUGUGGAACUCGAACGUGGACCUGGUGGUGCCGAAUUUCCACACGCCCAGCGUCUACUUCUACAGAGCGAACGGCGUGUCCAACUUUUUCGAGGGGAAGGUUCUGAAGGAGGCACUGAGCAAGGUGCUGGUGCCCUUCUACCCAAUGGCUGGGAGGCUCCGGCGAGACGAAGACGGUCGCGUGGAGAUUGACUGCGACGGUCAGGGGGUUCUCUUCGUGGAGGCCGACACCGGCGCCGUCAUCGACGACUUCGGGGACUUUGCACCGACCCUUGAGCUCCGGCAGCUCAUCCCCGCCGUGGAUUAUUCGCAAGGGAUCGAAACCUAUCCCCUCUUGGUGUUACAGGUAACACACUUCAAAUGUGGAGGGGCAUCACUUGGAGUUGGUAUGCAGCAUCAUGUAGCAGAUGGAGCCUCUGGUCUUCAUUUCAUCAAUACAUGGUCUGAUGUGGCUCGUGGCUUGGAUGUAUCCAUUCCACCAUUCAUUGAUAGAACAAUACUUCGUGCGAGAGAUCCACCUCGACCAGUUUUUGAUCACAUUGAAUACAAGCCCCCACCAGCCAUGAAAACUCAACCAGCCACAGAAUCUGAUACUGCAGCUGUCUCUAUUUUCAAACUCACACGAGACCAGCUCUCCACCCUUAAAGCCAAGUCCAAAGAAGAUGGCAACACAAUCAACUACAGCUCUUAUGAGAUGUUGGCUGGACACGUUUGGAGAAGUGUCUGCAAAGCAAGAGCACUUCCUGAAGAUCAAGAGACCAAAUUGUACAUUGCAACUGACGGAAGAUCAAGGCUUCAACCUUCUCCUCCACCAGGUUACUUUGGCAAUGUCAUAUUCACAACCACACCCAUGGCUGUGGCAGGUGAUCUCGUCUCAAAACCAACAUGGUAUGCUGCAAGCAGAAUCCACAACGCAUUGCUACGAAUGGACAACGAAUAUUUGAGAUCCGCUCUUGACUAUCUAGAGCUGCAACCUGAUCUCAAAGCUCUGGUUCGUGGUGCACACACUUUCAAAUGUCCAAAUCUUGGCAUCACCAGCUGGACCAGGCUUCCAAUCCAUGAUGCUGACUUUGGUUGGGGAAGGCCCAUAUUCAUGGGUCCUGGUGGAAUUGCAUUCGAGGGUUUAUCUUUCAUAAUCCCAAACUCCACCAAUGAUGGUAGCUUAUCUGUCGCAAUAUCUCUUCAGCCCGACCAUAUGAAGCUGUUUAAGGAAUACUUGUAUGACAUUUGAGGAACGCCACGAUGUUUGUCGGUAUGCAACUGUUAGUGGCAUCCACUUCCACUUGAGUUAUCAUUACACUACAUUUCUCUUAUUAUAAAUGUUUUAUUUUGUAAGAAUACAUGAACUUUAGCAACCAUUAAUUUAACGUUACACUU